AUGCCGUCCACGAGUAGCUUCAGCGAAAUACCCACAAUAGACCUCUCCCUCGCCCAAGACCCCGCAACAGAAGCCGACUUACUCAACGACCUACGCCACGCUCUCACCAGGGUCGGCUUCCUGUACAUCAUCAACCAUGGAGUUCCCGAACACAUAAUUUCCGAUGUAGUCGAUGCACUGCCAAAGUUGUUUGCACUUCCACCAGAAGCAAAAGCCGAGAUCGCGCUGAGCAAUUCCCCGCACUUUCUGGGUUACAGCGGUGAUGGCGCGGAGACGACGGCGGGGAAGAGCGAUCGCAGAGAACAGGUUGAGUUUGCUACGGAGUUACCCAGUGGGUUGGAGCAGGGUUUGCCGCUGAGAGAUCGACUAAGAGGGCCGAAUCAGUGGCCGUCUUCAUACCCAGCGCUACGUUCUAUUGUUGAAUCGUAUAUCUCAGAGAUGACCAAUCAAGGAAACCGCUUCCUUGUCUUGGUAGCCAAAGCCCUCUGGCUCCCGCCAGAUACAUUUCUCCCCUACCUCUCGGACCAACACCGUUUGAAGCUAGUCCACUACCCUGGCCUCCCAGAAGAUGAAGCAGGUACCCAAGGCGUAGGCCCACACAAAGAUUCAUCCGGAUGGUGGACCUUCCUCCUCCAAGCUUCACCGCCGCAUAUCAAGGGCUUACAAGCCCUCAACAAGACAGGCGAAUGGAUAAACGUACCAGUGCUACCGGGCUCCUUCGUCGUCAACAUCGGUCAGGCAUUUGAGGUGGUUACGAAUGGGGUGUGUAAGGCUACGACGCACCGCGUACUCUGUGGACACCUGGAGAGGUUCAGUUUGCCGUUCUUUCAGGGCGUGAGGAGGGAUCUUACCAAGGAAGAGGCGAUUGGGUCACUGAGGGAGCAUUUUGCCAGGCCUGAGAUUCGGGGGUUGGUGGCGGAGUCGGAGGAAGGGAAGGAGAUUGAUUCGGCAUUUUUGAAGGGAAAGUAUGAUACGUGGGGAGAGAGUCAGUUGAGGACGAAGGUUAGGAGUCAUAGGGACGUUGGGAGGAAGUUUUACGCGGAUGUUUUUGAGAAGUAUGUUAAUGAUGAUUGA